CAAGAAUUCAGGCAAAUGUGCUUGGUUUAAGGGUUGAUAAUCCUGACACUAUGGCUCUCAACCAUCAAGGAGGAAUCUCCAGUAAGAGGGCCAAGCCCAAGUUGGCCUGGGCUGAAGACCAGAUGAUGCCACCAGAUGCUCCCCUAGAACACACAGAGCCUGUGAAAACCACUCAUAAAGCCUCCAAAUCUGCACGGUUCUACCUUCACCCUCCAGUGCCCUCCUGUGAGAGCUACAUCCUGUCUAACAGUGAGCUAUCAGAAGCCAGUUGUGGUGCUGGACCUGCCAGACCUUCCUCAAGUGCUGUCCUGCAGAAUAGGAGGAAACCACAUCGUCCUCACUAUGUUUUCUCUGCUCAUCAUAAAAAAGAUGGUGAAAGUGAAUUUUUUCCACUCACUGCAGAAGCAGAUAACAGCAGGAAUGAGGAUCUAGACAUCAGCACAUCUUUGGGGAAUGAAACAUCAUGGAAGGAGCUCCUUCACCGCAGUAGAAAAGAAGCAGAACAAAAAGCAGCUAGAACUCACCCUUUGCCACGUAGCCAAACAACUCACCUCAGUGAGGAUGGGGAGAAAGACCUGGCACAGAGACAGAGAACCCACUCCAAUGGUAGCUUAGAUGAGCUCUGGGUUAAGUUCCUGGAGUGCCAGAAGAGACACCAGCACUAUAGUUCUAGGAGUAAUGGUGAGCUGACCCUGGUGGAACGCCUGGAUCGACUGGCCAGGGUCCUUCAGAAUCCCCUUAAGCACACACUGGUACCAACAGCAUCUGACAAGAGUGUUUCUGAGAAGGGAAUGAAGGGAAGAGAAGAGGAGAAAAGAAGAGUGCCAGAAAAAAGCAUGUCUGAAAGUACCUCUGAGCCUGAUGCAACACAUGUUGAAGGGAGACCACGCAUCACCCAUGACAAAAAUAGCUUUGUUGAGCUGAGGAAAAACAGGUCAGGAGAGAAAAUCAUCUGCCACAUGAAGAACAUUUUGGAGCAGCAGUACUUGGGAACUCCAAGCGACAUCUCCUCAGAGGCAAGGCUUAGUGGAGAUCAUGGCACCACGAUCACUUCCACCACCUCAGAGUCAGAUACAGUGACCCAAACAGAGAUGGAAACUGUCACUCAGACUGAGGUGAGCAGCUCCAUUUCCACCAUCGAUACUGCCAGGCUGAUCAGGGCUUUUGGCCAUGAAAGAGUUGAGGUGUCCCCAAGGCUCUCCCAGCUUUAUCAUACCAUCAACCACCAGAGAAGUCGCUCUGAAAAGUGGGACAAGGGCAAAGCAGUGCGUGUGCAUUAUCCAAAGGUGACUUCUGAGAGGCACAAGAAGAGGAAAGAGAUGCAGACUGCCAUCUCCCUUUCAUCAGACUCAACUUCUAUAAGCAGCAUGUGGGGACCCAGCUCUGCUCUUAGUAACAAGCGGCGGACGCGGAUGCUCAACAAAGGUAUCCAAGCAGGAGACUUGGAGAUCGUCAGCAGCGCCACCAAGAAAAACACUCGAGAUGUUGGGGUGACUUUUCCUACCCCGAGAUCAAACCAGCCAAAAGAACAGCCACAGGAACCCUGGCGCUGUGUUGAUGGUAAUUUGGGAGAGUCAGAUGGUGUGGUCACAGCUCAGCAGGCAGGAGGGAGCAAGGGGAAGCAGAAGGGAGAGCCAGGCAAUGUUUUCAUGGAGAAAAGGACAAAAAGGAGCAGGCUGCAGUUACCACAAGGGAUUUCAUGGUUUGUCCGGGCAGGAGAUUUGAAAUCUGAAUCUAGGAAAGAAAACCAUUCCAAUUCCUUUGCUGGUCCUGGUCCGUCUUGGUUUGAGCCAUUCACCAGCACAAAGCCUUGGAGAGAGCCUCUCCGGGAGAAGAACUGGCAAGAGCAGCAGCACAGCAACAUGGUUCAGGCCAGAGUUCCAGGAGGAGACCCUGAGAACAGGUCCACAUGGCCCUAUGUGAAGCUUACUCUGCAGGAGGCUCUUGCAGUGCAUCGCCCCGACUUCAUCUCCCGCUCUGGAGAGCGUGUGAAGCAUCUGAAGCUUGUCAUGGAGGAGAGGAAGAUACAGAGCGUGCUGCAGUCCCAGCGGGAGGAGCUGUUUAACCCUCCAGAGAAAAGAAGGGGCUACAGGAAUGCAAGCAACAUGCUGUCUGACAGAGGUGUUCUCAUUAGAGGAAAGAGAAGAACAAUUCCAAGGAGUGAAAUGGUUCAAAGAUCUAAACGGAUCUAUGAGCAGCUGCCGGAGGUGCAGAAGAAGCGAGAGGAAGAGAAGAGGAAAAAGGAAUACAACUCCUAUCGCCUGAAGGCCCAGCUCUACAAGACAAAGAUCACCAACCGUGUCUUGGGGAGGAAGGUGCCUUGGAACUGAUAGAGAUCUCUUCAAAUGAAGUUGUGUGCUGCUUGGUAACCUUGCAGCAGGCGGGAGAUUGUGAUGUGCCAGAGAUAAAGCAGUAAAUACGUGUGCAGAGGAUGCUGUGUGGUAUUCAGUUGUGGUGGUUUUGUACUAAUAUCAUCUCUCUGUAGCAAAGAAUCAGUGAUUUUAUAUGAAUGGCAGGUUUUAAAAUAAAGGACUGUUUUUAUAGUGA